CAGUUUGCCGGAUGUGGCUAAAGCGGAUGCGCCGAUUCUACAUCCACCGUGAGUAGAUUGAUGUUUCUGUUGUUGUUGUUUCACAGACUGUGUUCGCAGAUAUUUACCACUGAGCCACAGAUCGAGUCUCUGAACCGGCGGACACCGCUCGGUUUACCUGCAGUCGGUAUUUCCGGCUACUUAUCGUCUGCCUCAGUCCGGUUCUGAUCAAGAACACCAAAGGCUAAUGUCAGCCUGACUGUGAUGAGAGAAGAAAGGAACGUCUGAAUUUUCUCAGUUUAGAUCCAGCUCAGGUUUGGAUGAGCGCCCCCUCUGACAGAGCAGACACAGCGUCACCAUAUUAUUUUCAGAGGGAGAAAUGGAGCUUCAGUCCCCGAGGACAGAAGCACUGAAGGGCAGAGGGAACGAGGAUGAAGUACGGAUCUCCAGAACCACAGAGGAAGGAGACAAGGUUGGGAUGAAGAGGAAACGCGAGGACAGUCCGUCGGCCUCUGACCACGGUGUGAAGGUGGCGGGUCACUACAACAGUCUACAGGAAGUGGGCCUGGCUGCUCGAAGUCAAAGCAGAAUCUUCUUCAUGAGGAACUUUAACAAAUGGCUGAAGAGCGGCCUGCACGCCUGAUCGGUACUGAUGAUCAGUGAGAUCCUGGAGCAGGUGAGGCAGAAGGAGAAGGAGCAGGAGCAGGUGUCUGUUCUGGACCUGGGCUGUGGGAAAGGAGGAGAUCUUCUCAAGUGGAGGAAAGGAGGAAUCGAUCACCUGGUCUGUGCAGAUAUCGCAGCAGUGUCUGUGGAACAGUGUCAGAGUCGUUAUGAGGAGAUGAGGAGAAAAAGUCAAUUCAACGACAAGAUCUUCAGGGCUCAGUUCAUUGCUGCUGACUGUGCCAAGGAGCUCCUGUCGGAGAAGCUGGACGACCCUGGGCUGAUGUUUGACAUCUGCAGCUGUCAGUUCGUCUUCCAUUACUCUUUUGAGAGUGAGCAGAAGGCAGACAUGAUGCUGAGAAAUGCCUGUGAGCGUCUGAAACCUGGGGGUUACUUCAUCGGGACCACACCUGAUGCUUUUGAACUUGUUAAACGUGUGGAAACCUCCGACUCGUUGUCGUUUGGUAAUGAGGUUUUCAGAGUCUCCUUCCAGUCCAAAGGUUCCUACCCUCUGUUUGGUUGUCAGUAUCACUUCAGCCUGGAGGACGUGGUGGACGUCCCAGAAUUCCUGGUCUACUUUCCUCUGUUAGAACACAUGGCCAAGCGCUACAACAUGCGUCUAGUGUUAAAGCAGCGUUUCUCAGAGUUUGCAGAGGAGAAGCUGAAGAAGGAGCAUCACCGUCGACUCAUGAUGAAGAUGAUGGCACUGGAGCCCUUUCCGUGUGAGGAAGGACACGCUCAAGCCACGGACAGUAAAGCAGAGUACUGCCAAGCUAAAGAGCACUGCAGCAGAGCUGGAGUCAGACUACCUCUGGGCACAUUGAGUAAAUCUGAGUGGGAAGCAGCCAGUAUCUAUCUGGUGUUUGUCUUCCAGAAGAUGCCCUGACUCUGGAGUUUUCAUCUUCUGUUUCCAGUUUCUUGAUGGAUUUUUUUUUCUUUUCUUCUGUUUGAUAAAAUCUGAUGUUCGUCUUUUUUUCCAGUUUGAAUUAAUAAAAAUGAAAAUCUCCCAUCAUGCAUAA